AUGUUGUCCAGAAAAGCUGCGAUGCAAGAGGAGAAGAAAAUGAAUAAGGUGAAAAAAGGAUGGUUAGCGGUUCAAGUCGGAUUAGAAGAAGAAGGUGGAUUUCAGCGGUUUGUAAUUCCGAUAUCGUAUUUAUAUCAUUCGCUAUUCAAACAACUUCUUGAUACGGCACAAGAGGUUUAUGGAUACCAAGCAAAUGGUCCGAUAAUACUUCCUUGUUCCAUAUGUGAUUUUCUUCGUCUGCGAGCACGUAUAGACAAAGAAGUGAAUAAUCAGCAAUAUUAUCAGCAGAAUCUACAGCGUUAUCAUCAGCUUGCAACUUUGUCUUUCCAUUAA